GCGUCGCGGAGCUCCGAGUGAACUUCAAGAAGACAUUAACGGUACGCAGCCCGAAGGAGUCAUUAACGGGACGCAGCCUCAAGGAGACCUUAACGGGACGCAGCCAUUAGCGGGACGCAGCCCGAAGGAGACAUUCCUCUGUUAGCUAGCUCCGGCUCCCUCCGCUUAGUUUACAUCACAGACCUGUUGAUAGCGCUUAGCAGCAUUAGCAUCCCAUUCUAUCUUGGUCAUAUUACUACCCCCCCUCCUUUACGAGCAGCAGGGUUUUAAAGGCGGUCUUGUGUACAUGGAGUCCCUGUCGGAACGGUCUGUGAGGAUUCCGCUGGAGAGCUACAGCUAAUUCUAGCGCUAAUGCUAGCAGAGACACCGCUUGACUUUUAGCCGUAGCAGCUAGUUAGCCUGGCUAGCUCCCCCCUCCACAGCUGUUGGUUAGCUCGGCUAGCUCUCCCCUCCACAGCUGCUGGUUAGCUUUGCUAGCUCUCCCCUCCACAGUUGCUGGUUAGCUAGGCUAGCUCUCCCCUCCACAGCUGCUGGUUAGCUAGGCUAGCCGCUCUCCACAUCUGGAUCCUCAUUGUUUGCACCAUGGGCGUCAUCUUCGCCAAGCUGUGGAGCUUCUUCUGUGACCAAGAACACAAAGUGAUCAUUGUUGGGUUGGACAAUGCAGGAAAGACCACCAUACUCUACCAGUUUCUGAUGAACGAGGUGGUCCACACGUCGCCCACCAUAGGCAGCAAUGUGGAGGAGAUCGUAGUGAAGAACACGCACUUCCUCAUGUGGGACAUUGGUGGGCAGGAGUCCCUCCGCUCCUCCUGGAACACCUACUACUCCAAUACUGAGUUUAUCAUCCUGGUGGUGGACAGCACAGACCGAGAGCGGCUGGUCAUCUCUAAAGAAGAACUGUACCGCAUGCUGGCCAACGAGGAUCUGCGUAAGGCUGCGGUUCUGAUCCUGGCCAACAAGCAGGACAUGAAGGGCUGCAUGUCUGCAGCGGAGAUCUCCAAGUACCUCAGCCUGAGCACCAUCAAGGACCACCCCUGGCACAUCCAGUCCUGCUGCGCCCUGACCGGGGAGGGGUUGUGUCAGGGUCUGGAGUGGAUGAGCUCCCGGGCCGGUCUCAGAUAGCCCCGCCCCCCCCGGAGAGCUGGAGGAGAGAUAGGAAAAUGAAAAAAAGGGUCACCUUUGACCUCUAGAGACUAAAUAGGAAGACCUGACCUGAUGAUGGAGCUGCUAUUCUCAUCCUCGUCGACCAAUGGGAGAGGAGGAGCCAACACUACAUACAUAUCAUGUUGUCAUGGAAGGGCCGGGCGGGCCGGCUUUGAUCGGUGGAAUCACGUUACAUUAAGUUCUCUCGGACAUCGGUGCUUACAGAGCCAUUUCAUAAGCUACGUUCAUGUGGUGCAUUAUGGGUAAACGAUUACAUACCUUCCGUACUCAUUCCAGCAGCUUUGGCGUGCAUGCUAGGUCGUCACACGCACACACACACAUACACGCACACGCACUAGAUCAUAAUACACAUUAAGUCAUAGCACAUACACAGUUGUUAAACAGACCCAUUAAGUAUCUACACACACACACCUGGGUCCACACUAAUAAGUUGGUGGUGUGUUAUACCAAAACAAGGGUGUAACACACAUACAGGGGUGUCUCACACAGACACACACACACACACACACACACACACACACACACACACACACACACACACGGGUGUUAUACACAUGCUAGAUGAUAUCACAUAUCUGGUAGGCCAUUCAACACUUUCGAACAUAACAAAGCUUAUUUCAACAGUAUUUUAAUUUUAGUCAAAUGUUGCUAAAUAUGAUUUGAUGUAUUUUCAUUUUGAUUAAGAUGUUUGCCUUUUUAAUAAUCUUUUAUGAUGCAGGUUUAUAUCACACAGACCUAUGUGUUAUUACAUGUCAUUUGCUUCUAGAUGCCUUUAGGUGUGUGUGUGUGUGUGUGUGUGUGUGUGUGUGUGUGUGUGUGUGUGUGUGUGUGUGUGUGUGUGUGUGUGUGUGUGUGUGUGUGUGUGUGUGUGUGUGUGUGUGUGUGUGUGUGUGUGUGUGUCACUCAGUCCAGGUUAAUGUUCUCAACAUGUUCAAAGUAUUUUUACACGCUGAUGAGGACCAUCUGGACUCAACAGCCAGGAGAGUCUGACCGUGUGUGACCGUGGUCAUGCAUUUGUUUUUAAUAAAACUUUUAUUUUGAAUCUUAA